AUGGCCUGUUCAUGGACUUUCCUGUGGCUUCUAUGGAUUGCAAUGGUUGCGGUGCUUCUAUUCUUCCUCCGUGGACCACUCAAGAUCUCAGAAUCUCUCGAAUCUGUUUCAGCGACAUCGUACUUCAAUAACCUAACUCCGAAGUUUUACGUUGCUCUCACAGGAACUUCUAGCCUCGUAUCGGGAAUCAUCCUGAUCUUCGAAUGGUGGUAUUUCAAAAAUAACGCUGGAGUUGAGCAGGGAGAGGAUGAGGGAUCUGACAACGAAGAGAGUAUUGACAACCCAAAGACCGUCCCAGAAUGCAAAGUAUGGCGGAAUCCCAUGGCGCUGUUUCGAGCAGCUGAGUAUAAUCGAUUUCGUAAGGAGACAAACUCUGAGCCGCUGACAUACUACGAUAUGAAUUUAUCUGCACAAGACCACCAAUCCUUGUUCAUGUGUGACGAAGAUCAAGGAAGAGCUGAGUAUGAAAUCAUGCAAGUAGCUUGGCGAGAAAGAGAAAGUGAACAACGAAUUCAAACGGCACGCACAGCACUUGCAAUCAAUUCAGAAUGCGCUUCAGCAUUGGUAUUGUUAGCAGAGGAAGAUACUGAAACAGUUGCACAGGCUGAAAAUGUUCUUCGACGCGCACUCCGUGCAAUCGAAAACACGUUGAGCACUUACUCGAACAAUCAAAUAGCGAGCUACGGACAAAACGGGGACACAGUCAGAAAACGUGACCUAACCAUCCAAACGUAUAUAAAACGGCGGUUGGCAAUGUGUGCAAGGAAACAAGGUAGACUUCGUGAAGCAAUUAAAGGAUUUAGAGACUUAUCACGAGAGCAAUCCUUAUCCACAUUGCUUUCCGUACAAGACAAUUUGAUUGAAGCUUGUUUAGAGGUUCAAGCAUACGCAGAUGUUCAGAAUUUAUUGGUAAGAUAUGAUGGCUACGGAACAUCAUGCUCAUACGACCAACGUGAGCCAAGAUCAGCUGCCAUGAGCUAUACAUCGGCAUUGUUAAAAGUCCGAGCUGUUGCUGAAAAUUUCCGAUGUCCAUCAGAGUCUUCAGUUCGUCGCGGACUUUCCUCUGCCGAGCAAACUGCAAUUGAAGCGCUAACUAGAGCAAUGGAAUUCAACCCCCACGUUCCUCCAUACCUCCUGGAAAUCCGCGCAAUGAUCAUGCCACCGGAGCACUUUUUGAAGCGAGGGGAUUCGGAAGCGCUAGCUUAUGCUUUCUUCCAUAUUCAACACUGGAAAAGAAUCGACGGCGCUCUUCAACUGUUGAGUAUAGUAUGGAAGGAUUUCGUUCCGAAGGUAAACAAGGAUACUCACGCUUUCUCAUCUCAAUUGGAAUCCGCCGACAAAGAGUUACUCCCAGCAUGGCAUGAGCAAUCAGCAUUCCCACAAACCGAAUCAACCCUAGGAAUGCUCAUCCAAACGUUCGCCUGUCUCGCUAUCUGCAUUCUCGCUGUCCUCUCCCAACAAGUUCCUUCAUCCUAUGGAGAAAUGCUCCGGCAAAUCGUCACCUCCGGCGUCCAAAUGUAUGAAAACUCAAUGAACACCUUCUCCCAAUGGGCUCCCAAUAACAUUAUCCCUUAUCUGGCAUCAAAGCCGGUCUCAGUACCUGAAAUCUAA